AUGACGAAGAUGGGAUUGAUUCGCAAGUGUGAGGGGUUAGGUUUGUCGACAGACGGCGAUAAAAAGACGCUUGCCCAGCGGAUCAUCCAGCAUAUGCAGCCGGGAGUGAACAGCGAUGUUCCCGGAAACGACGAAGACGGCGAAGGCGGCGUAGUAGAUAGUGCGAACGAGGGUACUUCCAGAGGCAUCGUGGGCAAUAACGACGAUAAAGACGACGACGAAGACGACGAAGAUAGCCCCGCGGAAGGAAGUACAUCGCGAUAUUAUACACCGCUGAAGCGAUCAAGCAGCAAGAUGGAACGACGUCCCUACACAUUUAGAGAUGUAGAGGACAGCAUAGAAUCCUUCGGAGCCACUGACGGGCAAGAUGUGAGAGUUUGGCUCACGCAAUUUGAAUCAAUUGCGAAAGCGGCCAACUGGAACGAGGAACAAAAAUUGAUCAUGUGCAGAAAAAAGCUGAUAGAGACGGCAAGACGAUUCAUGUUCGCUGAAACAAACACAACCAGCUACAUGAAAUUAAAGAUGGCGCUGAUUGAAGAGUUUGCCCCAAGGUUGAGGGCUAGCGACGUGCACCGAAUGCUGGUUAAUAGACGGAAGAAACCAGCCGAGUCUACCCUCGACUACGUUUACGAGAUGCAGAGAAUAGCCAAGCAAAUUAGUCUAGACGAACAAAGUGUUUGCGGCUAUAUCAUAGAUGGAAUUACGCGAAGUGAAUUUCACCGCGCAACGCUAUAUGAAGCAAAAACUGUUAGCGAACUUAAACAGAAAUUGCGAUCCUACGAACGGGCAAAAGAAGAGAACGUGAAAGUCGAGCGCACAGACAAAGCAAAAGACGAGCACAAAGACCAAACUCAGAGCGGGCAGCGAAACAAAGGCUCUGGAGUACGUGGAAACUCAACAAAGCAAUGUUUCGGUUGCGGAGAGCAGGGUCACCUCGCAGGGGAAUGCCCCCAGAAACAAAAUGGCGUGAAAUGCUUCAAGUGCAACAAGUUUGGCCACAUAGCGAAACAGUGUGAUAAACGCGACGAUACACGCGCGGAGCAAGUAAAUACAGUAUGGAAAACGCCGAUCAUCAGUGUUGAAAUAAGUAAGGUGAAGUGUCGUACAUUGUUUGACACCGGCAGCGGAUGCAAUUUACUAAGCAAAAGCGUGUAUCAUAAGAUCGGGUCGCCAGCGUUGACAACGACAGAAAGGGUGUUCAGCGGCUUUGGUGCAAGAGUAACCAAACCUUACGGGAGGCUGGAACUGAACAUAACAAUAGAAGACGAGGUAGUUCCACAAAUGCCAUUUUACGUGGUCCCAACGAAUAGCAUGAGUCACGACGCUAUAUUGGGUAUGGAUUCGCUACAAAAAGUAGAAGUGCGGUUUACAGAAGACGGCAUUCAGAUCAACAAGAAGAUUGCUAACCCCAAAGACGAGGAAGAAGAACAAAUAACGCCAAUAAUGAUGGUGAACGACGAGAGUGAACUGAAUGUACCGCCACAGCGGGAAUCAGAGAUUCGAGAAAUCAUUGAUGAAUUCAAUGAAAAUCAUAAGACGCUUGAGGAAUGCCCGGUAACAUUAGAAAUUAUACCGGAUGAGAAGAUGGUACCAUUCCGGCAAUCGCCAUCGCGGUUGGCAACAUGUGAAUUCAUCAUGGGACCAAACGAGAUCGACGCGUUCGAACCGUAA